GCUAUUAAACCUAUUCCGCUCCCUCUUUUCCGCCUACUGGUUGGUUAAGGGGCCGAGCAACUAUAGCAAUGGCCAUGAAAAUGGCGGCGAUGCUAAGGAGCGCUGGGGGUAACAUGGGGUACACGUUAGGGCUUCGGAGAUUGAGCCACAUCAUGGCCUUUCCUCCGCCCCUGGAGGGGGUCGUCGACCGUGGGGUCACAUCCCAACCAUUCGUUUUGCCGGAGUUCUAUCGGGACCGAGACGACGACGACAACAUCAACAGCAUCGGGUUCGAGUUCCCAAAUUUUACUUCUGCUGGAUCUAUGGAGCUGAUGGCUGUCCCCAAAAGGAAGGUUUCUCCCCAUAAGAGAGGCAUAAGAAAUGGACCAAAGGCCUUGAAACCUAUUCCUGUGAUAAUACGGUGCAAGGGCUGUGGUCGGGUCAAGCUGCCCCACUUCUACUGUUGCAGUGGAAAUAGAGGAAGUGUCGAUGAGCAAAAUGAUGCAACCAGAUGAUCAAAUUCUCAGCCGGGGUUUUAACCUUUUCCAGUUUCCAACAUACAUUCAUGGAAUGGUUGGAUUUUAUACUACUACUUUCUCGUAGGACUGCAGAUUACAUUGAGCCGGUUCUUUUUUUUUUCCCGUCUAUAUACUUCCCUACUAAAUGCUUUUAUUAUCCUGAGAACCUCAUCCGGUGAAUAUGGGUCUGUGGAUAAUUCAAUGAGUUGUGAUAGAGAACCGUUUUUACAA